AUGAUGAUGAAAAUACUCAUCACUUUCGGUUUCUUUGUCCUCACCAACUCCCAAGUGGAUCGUGAUUGGAGUUUCCAGAGUAUGUGUGCUUUCUGGAAUGGAGACAUUUCGUAUCGCCCGAGAACGAAUGGACUUCAGUCGAUGGAAGGAGACAAGUGCACAUUCGAUUUUCCAGUUUCCACUGAUACUCAGGAAUCAGCAAAAAGGUAUUGUGAAGAGAAUGUUCCCUAUCAUAUCAACGACGCAACACCUGGAUUUCCAACAAAAUGUGCAGCAGAAGCGACAUUAGUUUGUCAAUCUGGAUGGAUUCAGUUGUUUGGGAGAUGUUAUAAAAUGACAAAAGAACUUAAUACAAGACAAGAUGCAGUGGUUCAUUGUAAGGCACAGAAGGAUGAUGCAACGAUUGCUUUCAUUCAUAGAGAAACAUUGCCGUUUCGAAUAAACGAUUAUUUCACUCGUGUUUCUCGUAUCUGGGUGGAUGCAAGUGAGGCCAUCACAAAGGAUCUGAUCGAUAACAAUGUAAAUGGAAACCUAAUUUUGGCACUCGAUGGAUUCGAGUAUAAUCUUCCAAAUCUCGCAUUGACUCGUGUGGAUUCUUCUGAAACUGCGAUGGUUUUAUGUGAAUAUACGCCUUCGAUGACAAUAGCUGAAAGUCAUUAUUUGCUUAGAAGAUAUGGAGAGAUAUACUAUCCAACUGUCUUCACUUCUGAAAAAGCUUAUGUCCGGUCGACGAGUAGUAUUCAGAGACAUAAUGAGAAUAGAAUGGCAGAUAAUGAUUAUUGUUCGAAACUAUUGAAGCCUUUCCUCGGAAAUGUUAAAGCUCAAUCUGCAGUUCCGACGGAAGAAAUGUUGAGAGGAAUUACAGUAAAACGGGAUGCAACAAUUAUUCGAACUUCAGUUUAUUCCGGAGACGCGAAGAGAGAUAGUCGGAUCAGUUCAGAUUGUACUCCAAGUAAAGCGAGGAACUACGGUAUUGAUUACGCAGGAAAUAACGGAAAUCCAUUCUUUAAAUCACUGAAAGACGAUCCAAUUUGGAGAAGUGGAGAGCCGAAAGAAACGUGUGACGGUGGUUCGUGGAGUACUGGAAUCUCAUUGAGUCGAGAUCAUGACAAGAAACUGGAAGCAAUGUCAGAUGCUCGCUAUGCUCCCAUCUAUUGCCAGACUAACUUCGAGACGAUGGGUUAUGGAGAUUGUCCAGAUGGGUUUCAGACGUUCUAUCGUAAAGAGAUCGGACAGAAAUGGUGUCAUAUAUUUGUUUCGAAAAAAAACACAUUUGAUGGAGCAGAGUUGGAAUGUCAAAAAAUGGGAGGCCAUGUCAGUGGUUUCACGAAUCAAGAAGAGUUGGAUUUGAUGGAUAAAAUGUGGGGAGACUCUGGAGCAGAUCCGAAUGAAACGGCUUGGAUUGGUGCCAAGAGGCGAGAGGAGUGUAUCACAAUGGGGAUUGCUAGUAAAAUAGGAGGAUUCCAUCCAGAUGACAAUAAUCCUUGUUCACGUCUCCGCGUAUUCGAAUGGAUCAACGGGGUUGCUCCGAAUCCUCCGGAUUUCCUUACUCGCUGGAUUGCUGAUUACGAGCCCAACUUCUCCGGUAACGACGAAAAGUGUGUUUCGCUUUUGAAAGGAACACACAAUGUAAUAGGAUGGUCGAGUAAGCCAAUCUUUGCAACAAAGAAACUGAAUGAUAUUCCGUGCAAUCAUGGUUUCUACUAUUUCUGUGGACGAGAGGCUCCGAUUGUGAGAAAGAGCUAA